AUCGACAUUCUCGGUGGAGAUCCAACUAAGGCUUGCUCAGUUUUGAUAAUGGGGGAGGUAGGAGUAAAGUUGAGAGUGCAAAGGCGCAGGCUCUGAGGAUUGUGACGAUGGCGGCAGAUGAGCCAUGGCUGCCCUGCUUGCACGUGAAGACUCGACGAGGUUACGAGCUGGGUCACGCAAUUGGGAAAUGGUUUCGGGGGUUGAUUCACUCCAGGUUUGCGUCUGACCCGGCACUGCAUUCCGAAUUGCUUCCGUUUGCCGCGACUGAGGACGGGGAAAAGCUUGUCGCUGCACUUACCUCCGCGAACAGAGAGCAGUUCCCUGUCUAUUUCGAAGAAUUACGCGGGACAGCCGAUGGUGCGGAGGUGCCCUUCAUUCAGGUCUUUUUAAUCAACAUGCGAAAAGAAAUUGCACCAUUUCUGGCCACCCCCAUCAAGCGCGAGAAAGUAGGCGAAGCAGACCAAUGCAGCACCAUCCUGUUGAACACGGAAUCACUGGCCGUGAUUGCACACAAUGAAGAUGCGGACGUUUCUCUUCUAAAUCACGCAUAUCUGGUUCACGCGGAAUUUGAAGAUGGUUUAUCAUUCGUGGCUUACACAUAUGCUGGGGAGCUUCCAAGUUGCGCGUUUGGGUUUAACAGCCACGGUGUUGUUUUCACUUUGAAUGCCGUGCCAUUAGCUCCGGAGGAAGCUGUAGCAGGAGGAAUAUGCCGCAACUUUAUAUCAAGGGACCUGUUGGAAGCUUCGAAUCAUCGUGAUGCACUUAAGCGAGUAUGCUUGUCGAACAGAUCUGUGGGGCAUAACUACAACAUUAUGGAUACCAACGAAGGGAAGAUGAUGACAGUGGAAGCAGCAUCGAAAGGUAGAUGGUCCGUAAAAGAAAUCGGAGCAGAACCUUUCUUCCAUGCCAACAUGUAUGUACACCUUCAUGUUAACCAGGUUGCCAAUGAGACCUCCUUGUACAGGCACAGGUGUGCAGAUAGAUAUUCAAAGCUCUCUAGAGAUGACAUGUUGUCUCUACUCGGUGAUACUACUGACGAACCGUAUCCGGUCUACAUGCAAGGUCCCAAGCUCGUGACACUAUGCACGGCCGUCUUUGACUUGUAUGUACUGAGUUGUACAAUAUUCCAAGGGAAUCCUGAAAAGCAAGUCGUAUACUCAACACUGCCUCUGACCCUUCCCUGGUCUUGAACUUCAUCAAGAUAUUAGGGUGUCAUUUGCUAACUUCAGUAGUGUAUGCCAGUCAUUAUUGUGUAGGCCGAGAAACUGUAUAAGCUAAAAGAUCGACAUUGCUAACGUGCAGAAAUAGCCAAUGUAGGUGAAGUGUGAGAGGUACCAUGUGUGAUAUUCGCUAUUUCCGAUUGCAACGCUAGCUGUCUCAGGAUAAUACGUACUCAGCCAGUUUCUUCAGAUAAAUACCCCUCUAUGUUCUGCUCUGCGUAGCCUAGUUGUCAUAGGAUUUGAAUGUAGAAAUGCUUGAGGUCGUAUUAUGAAGACGGUUCAUUGGGUUAGAUGCUUGUCAAGAGGAUGAUAAGUACAGACUAUUGCAUUGGAACACUUUCAACAUCCAAGAAACAGUUAGGACUCUGUUACGAUUGUACCAA